GACUUGAGAAACUCAGUCUCGAAAGCGAUAUUGCCGAGUGUAAACGUGUUUACUUGGGCUUCGAUUGCAAAUACACAAAACCAACUUUACGAUGGCAAUUACGCGGCGGCUUCCGUGGCCGAAACUGCUGUUUUUGUUUGUCUGGCUGUGUCUGGCAUUGGAUCUGAAUCGCGCAGCUCGAGUGGCCAGCCUUUCGAAAAAUUCUACCCAUCCUUCCACCGAGUCCAAGAUGAUAACGUUCGUCAAAGAACCUGAGCCCGAUAAACCUGCUCCUUGGGAUCAAAUUGAAUCCACCACCAUUGCUAGCAAAAAUGCCAGUAGUGCCAAUGCCAGUAGUGUGGAAAUUGGGCCUAGGAUUGUCCUGGAAACAUCGCCAAAAUGUCCAGAGGGCACUACCCUGACUGCAAAUAGUCAUUGCCGGAAGAUCGCCUAGCCUAGUGUCACAAGUCUGAGAACAGCUGAGAAUUAAUUGUCAAUAAUUAAAUAAAUAUAUUCAAAAGUAUUAAGUGCAAA